CGCACUAGAAUGGCAGAGCAGAGUAGUUGUGACAUAGACCAUAUGGCUCAAAAGCCUAAAAUAUUUUGCCAACCCCUGCCUUAGACCAGUGAUUUCCAGCCUCCAUGGAGUUGCACACUGUUAUAUUGUUUAAGAUUUGCAUCAUGACUUCAUUUCUCCUAGAAGUGUCAAAAUUAAAAGUGAAUUAAAAUUAAUUUGUUUUGAGAACUCUUUUACGGUAUAUAACUAAAGAUAUCUAAGUCAUUGGGAUUUAGCAUUCAAGAUACUUUCAGUUUUAUAUGAUAUCACUAUACACUGACUAACUUCUAAAUGCAUUACCAAUGAAUUUCCUCCAUGGGUCAGAUGUUGGAGUACUUGCAUAGGUCGAUAGGUAGUUUCUAGGGGCCGGCCUGGUGGCACAAGGGGUUAAGUGCACACGCUCCACUGCAGCGGCCCAGGGUUCGCCGGUUCGGAUCCCGGGCGCGCACUGACGCACUGCUUGUCAAGCCAUGCUGUGGCGGCAUCGCAUAUAAAGUAGAGGAAGAUGGUCACUGAUGUUAGCUCAGGGCCAGUCUUCCUCAGGAAAAAAAAAGAGGAGGAUUGGCAUCAGAUGUUAGCUCAGGGCUGAGCUCCCUCUCAAAAAAUAGUUUCUAGCAGUGCAGAAGAAUAUGAAGAUGCAAUCAGAAGGCACUAAACAUUAUUCAGAGAUUUAGCAUGUCAUAUUGUAUUAUGAACAAAUAAAUAUGAGUCUUUCAUGCACAGAAGGACAGGUUUUCUCCCUAUACAGUGCUUGUCUUAUCCAGGCUGGGAUCUCAGAUGAGUAUUCUACCCUGGCCCCCAAAAGCAGCAUCAUCUGCAGACUAAAUUAUAUAACUGAUUUGGUCUCUACCAUUUUAAGUGUGACUUUUUUUUUCAGUGCCAUAAUAAGUUAAAUAUCAUGUAUCUUUCAAACUAGGAGAAUCAUAGUGUGUUUCACAGAAAGAAUUCCUUCUUUAAACUCCUCCAAUUGCUGAUGAGAAAAUGGAGGCCUAGAGAAGAGUUGGAAAAGCUCCUGGGUAAGUUUGGACAGGACACACAAAGAAUAGAAGAUUCCGUGCUGAUUGGAUGCUCCGCACAGCGUGAAGCAUGGUUUGCGCUGGAUCUAGGUCUAAAUAGCUCCUCUCCCAUAAAUGCUUCCUUACAGAAACGUGAAAUGGAGACAGAGCUCAAGGGGUCUUUCAUUGAGCUGAGCAAGGCUCUGCUUCAGCUGAAUGUGAAGGAUGCCUCCUUGCUAUCCACGGCUCAGGCUCUUCUCCGUUGGCAUGAUGCUCAUCAGUUCUGCAGCAGAAGUGGGCAGCCCACCAAGAAGAAUAUGGCAGGCAGCAAGCGUGUGUGCCCUUCCAAUAAGAUCAUCUAUUAUCCGCAGGUGACUCCUGUGGUGAUCACUCUGGUAUCAGAUGGGACUCAAUGCCUGCUUGCCCGCCAGAGUUCCUUUCCCAAGGGAAUGUAUUCUGCCUUGGCAGGUUUUUGUGAUAUAGGUGAAAGUCUGGAAGAGGCUGUCCGGCGAGAAGUUGCAGAAGAGGUGGGAUUGGAGGUGGAAAGACUGCAGUACUCUGCAUCCCAGCACUGGCCCUUUCCUAAUAGCUCACUCAUGAUUGCUUGUCAUGCAACUGUGAAACGAGGGCAGACAGAGAUCCAGGUGAACUUGAGAGAACUAGAGGCAGCUGCCUGGUUCAGUCAUGAUGAGGUGGCCAAAGCCCUGAGGAGAAAUGGCCCAUAUACUCAGCAACUGAAUGGGACUUUCCCAUUCUGGUUGCCCCCCAAGUUAGCCAUCGCCCACCAACUAAUUAAGGAGUGGGUAGAAAAACCGACCUGUUCUGCCCUGCCUGCUUAGCUCAGAUCAAGCUGCCUCAAGAUCCCUCCUCAGUAUCCCAGAGGAGCAUAUCAGAGAUCAGUAGAUAAAGGGGAGGUGACAAAAGGCCAUCUCCAGGCUAACCUCAUAAUAAGGCAGAGCAGAAGGUGAACCUACAAUAAGACACCUCUAUCAGCAGUGUUAAUGAAAUAAGUCCCUACUCAUAGGCAAUCAGAAAUGCCAAAACUAAUGAGAUUACAUUUGUGAAAAUCAGAGGGAAGGUUGAAGCAUUAGUUUGGAUGCAGGCCAUUGUUCACCCAUUUCUCCCAGGGGCCUUGGAAGCUAACAUCUUUUGGCAUGUGGCUUGUUAACACUGGUUUAUACUAACUGCCAAAAUGUGCUUGGUAUAAUUUUGGUUGAAACUUUUAUUUUAGUAUUGAAAAUAUAUAGCAAAUCUCAACCCACUACUGAGUUACUUUUUAUCCUCAUUGAAUUAGGAAACAUAGCACAUUUUUAAAUUCAUGUACAGGUAAUUAUUUUGUACAUGGUAGUUAAAUAAAAGUCAUUUCUUUAAGUCAUCUGAAGAGAUGAGGAAAAUGGGAGCUAAGGUCUUCCUCAGAGUACUCUGUAAUAAAUAGAUGCAAUGAUGUUCUGUUGAGGUAACUGUGUCCCACGGGGGCUCAAGAUGGGAAGGUUUUUUUGGUGUUACUUCUCAGUUUGUGACCCAAGGAAAAGACGAUCACUUUGCCAUGCCUGUUUUCCUAAAUGUAAAAUGAUUGCUGCUAUUUGCAUACCCAGUAAGUGUUGUAACUUCAACUAAGGGAUUAGUGAGGAUGAACCAUUUUUUGAGUUUUAUGGGAUAAACUAAAUUUAGGAUUUGUCUUCAUUUAUAUAUGCCAUUCUAUACCUUGUCAUAGGGGAGAAGAAUUAUCUGGAGGAAAUAAAAUAAAUUUCCACGUU